UAUAGAAAUAAAAGUUAGCUAAGUUACCAGAAGAUGACAUGAAUGCUGCGAAUAAUAUGAGAUUGCUUGCAUCUACAGAAUCAAAAAAAAACUUCAUCGGCCACUUUUUGACAUUCACAAGGUAAUAGUGCCUGUCAAAGAUUUCCGACUUGCCAUUUUAAAACAUUUUCAAGGCUUUUAACAGUGUCAAUUUACCGAAUUACUCUUUUAUCUUUCGAUAACUUAUUGGAAAACUCAGCAAAGGAUGAAUAUACAUGUGUGAUGAGCAUAGUGCAAGCUUUAGUGGGACGUCCCACCUUGCAUCAGCAAAUCAAGCCCUAGUUGUCCAUUCGAGAAGAUCAGGACCAGCAGCAACAUGGGCACUGCCUCCAAGUCCUGAUGAUGGCUAUUCGAGUUCAAUGGCCCAAAAGAGAGUAUAAUUUUCAAUACCCAUGUUUUCUUUUUCAUUUUUUGUAUGAUCUAAUUUGUUUGGUUGAUUUUUUCUUGAUCAUCAAUUCUAGUUUUAAUUAUUUGUACAACUGCCUCCUCCCAAUUGAGAUGGAAUGUGUGUGGAGGAUAAGAGUAGAACUGCAGGAUGCGUAUCCUUAUAGAUCUCCAUCUAUUGGAUUCAUGAAUAGGCUAUACCAUCCAAAUGUCGAUGAAAUGUCUGGUUCAGUAUGUUUAGAUGUUAUCAACCAAACUUGGAGUCCCAUGUUUGAUCUGGUGAAUGUAUUUGAAGUGUUUCUUGCUCGGCUUCUUUUGUAUCUUAAUCAUUCUGAUCCAUUGAAUGGAGAAGCUGCUGCUCUUAUGAUGCGUGAUAGGGCCACUUAUGAUGAAAGAGUCAAAGAUUGCAGGAAAAACUGAUAGAACUAUCUGGGAGUUGGGGCUUUGUGACAUAGGUCAAAAGGAACAGGACCUAGUUUUUGGAGAUCAAGUGUACACAAUUGAGGUGAGGAUUGUAAAAAACCAUUACGAAAGCAUUACAGCGUAUCAAAUGUACAUAUUUACUUGUAAUAUCUUAUGCAGGGCGCAACACGUGAAACCAAGUUGCGCUUGUUGACGAAUCUUUUAGCCAUAUAUCCUGAAAAGUUGGAUUGUGAAAAGGGUCUUAAUCUAAUGAAGUUUAGUCCCUUUUUCCCUUUUA